UAGGAUAAUCUCGAUAUUAGAGGAUAUUAAGAGUUAAUGCGUUGCGAGAAUAAUCAGUGUAAAUCAAGAGCCUCAAUGAUAACGAAGUGGUUUAAGUGGAAUGGUAACUUGGUCAUCCGAAGUCCAGCUUGUCUUCAAUCGAAUACAAUCACCCAAUUUGACUGGUACCAACAAAACUCUCCUGUGCCGCUGGGCUACUGUACUAGCGUUAUAUUGAUAAAUUUCUAGCGUUGGAAAGACAUCGGGGCAGAUUUGCCGGGCAGUAAGCGACUGGUUAGGCUGAAUAUGCAUGUCAACGUAGGAGCGCGAUGUGAAAACUAUGAUAGCUUGCUUAAUAUCAUAGAUAGUGAGCACAUUCACAAUGCUUAAGAUGAUUUUAAUAAUGAACAACAGAUGCACAGUAUACUUCGUUGAACUAGUAGUUAAUUAGCAAACCCGCUUAUAUUUGCAUGGAAAUAUUGAAAAAGUGAUUUUUUUGUGAGCAGGUGGACAUACGAAACACUUUGAAAAAUGGUUGUGACAGGGGGGUCGCCCGACCCCCAAGGGCCUGCCAAGAGCCCGAUAUCCGCGGGUGGGGGCGUCAGCCCCGGGAUUCCAACCGAACACACGGACAGUCAGGCAGCCCAUUUUAACUUUGACCCAUCGGAAACUGUGAUAGUCGUACGUCGGAAAAAGGACCCGAGUGGAAAGGAGAAUAGUGUGAUGAUGAAAAGUUUGCUCAAUAAUCAACCAAGAUCUUUACUCAAGCACAACCCUGGAAAUGAUUUCUCACAGACUAGCAGCUCUGGCAGUGCUUUCACGGGAGUAAAGGGUGGACGGAUAGAGAAAAUAAAGUUCGUCAAAAGUCCAAAGACAACAGAGAUAAAAAAUGCGUCGACACCAAUGCGUGCCAACCUCAAGCUGCACCUCAUGCGGGCGCAGGCACAAGAGGAUGAGAAGCGUGAACGCCAGUACUCCCAGUCGCACAAGGUGUCGCACAUUCCCUCGAAUGGCAUCGAUGUGCCUCCACAGGCCUCACCGUCACAGGCACCUGACAUCUCUGUGCCCCCACAAGUCUUGGAGGUGAAAACGAAACUCGAGAACCCAACCAAAUACUUCAUGAUGCAAAAGCAAAAGACCCAGAUCCAGUCGUACCUGAGUGAGUCACACAAUAGUGCUCCAUCGGCGGUCCACUCGAUGCCCAACUAUCGGGUGGUGUCCAGUGCAGACAUGUCAAUGCAACUCCAGCCCCACUGCGGGAGUGCUCCUGUUGACCCCGACAGUCCCCUGUCUGUCGGCAUGAGCAGCACCGCAACUAGUAUGUCAGAGGUUGAGAGCCUGCUGAAUGACCUACAGGACCUCGAUCAGGUGGACCUGAACCAAGACGAUGAUCUCAAGUUUAUCACACCCUCCCUCGUACAGAUGUCUUCAUCUACAAUUCCUUCAUCCAAUGACUAUAUGUUCACCCCCAUCUCAGAAACAACAACCACAGCACAGUCUGCCCCCAGCAUGUUGCCGGGGCAACGGAUCAUGACACCACCCUACCUCACCGAGGACGACGCGAGAAUGUGGGCGAAAGAGCGACAGAAGAAAGACAACCAUAACAUGAUUGAGAGACGUCGGCGGUUUAACAUCAAUGACAGGAUCAAGGAGUUGGGAACUCUCCUGCCCAAGUCUAUUGACCCAAGCUGGAUGUUUUGCAGUGACCUCCGUCAGAACAAAGGUUCGAUUCUGAAGGCUUCGGUUGACUAUAUCCGUAAACUCCGGCGGGACCAGGACAGACUUCGCCAGCUGGAGGAAAAACAGAGACAGACUGAAAUGCAAAACAGAAAAAUGAUGCUUCGCGUACAGCAACUGGAGCUGCUGAUGAAGUCCCAGGGACUGAACACUGGCUUCCAUGACGACUCGACCAGCAUUUCCACCCUCGUGCAGCCCAACAAAGUCACCAGUGCUCAUCAUUUCACCCAGCAGCAACAACAGCAACAGCACCAUCAACAACAUCACCAGCAGGUGAGGGUGGAACAUGAGCUGAUCUCAACUGACCAUGGCCUUCCUGCAGACUUUAACAUUGAUCUCCCAACCACCUUAAACUUGGAUGACAUUAUGGAUGAUGGAGCGUCUGGACUUUCAGCUGAUCCUAUGCUGUCCUCUAAUCCCGUCAGUCCCAACCGAGACGAAGACAUGGAUUACAUCAGUCAGACUUUAUAGGUUUGAUGAAGAAAAGACUUAUGUGUAUGCAUACGUGUAUCCAUGAUUGCUGGUGAAUGUUUUGUUUUCCUGCAUGACAAUGGGUGACCGGCUCCUGCUUGCCUGGUAACAGAUUCGCUGUCUGUGUAAACCAAAGCACCCUCCCGAAAAGAUUGUGCUGACCACAGCUGCAGAGAUAAUGAAUAGAGAAGAGCUGCUAACUCUUGAAAACUAAAGAACUUUGCUCAUGUGAUGGUCUUGUUAACAUACCAAACCAAACUUAAAUCUUUUAGGUUAUGUUUUUUGUUUGGUACCCAUAAGUCAUCCUCAGUUAGUGUAUGUUCCUGUAGUGAUCAUGAACUCAGUAAUACAUAUUUACACACCUACUGUGCUUCCAAAGAUGAACCCUUGUCCUUUCAGCUGCGUUCUCAUUCAGACAAACAAAACAUCUUUGGAAUACCUUUGGUAUUAUUAAAACAGCCCAUAUGAAUUGACAUUUUAUCGCGGUUUAGUGAAUGUUACAUCUGUGUGGAAACAAAUAACAUCAUUGAUUCCGUCAUUCUUUGAAGCGUUACUUUAAGAGUUUGAGGGAUCAUUAUAGGUAAAACUUAAAUGCAUGUAAAUAUAAGCAUUGGAUAUUUUAGAAUUGUGGUUUAUCUGCGUUUGAAAACAUUCGGUCAGCGCAUCAUGGAUCAAAUAUGCACUGACAAGGUUUUUAUACACAGUUGAACGGCAAUGCAAAAACAUUCAAUCUUUUAUUGACUUCUUCCUCUGUAGAAAGUCUGACCAUGCCUUAUAGCAUCAGUUAAAAAAUUCAUCAGCCCAAUGUAUGUUUCUUUUAGUACCGUAAUUUAGUGUCAUAAUGUAGGUAAUGAUGAGAUCCAAGUCUUUCGUUGAUUGCUAAAACAUUUAUGUUUACUUUAUCAAGUACAUUCCAUGUUAUUCAUGAAUUACUUUAGAUUCAAGUUGUAAAAACUGUUUGCAAAAUGUCAAACAAAUAGCUCUUGGCUUUUUGCCUGUAGUUUUUAAUUUCUGAAUAUGUCCAGGAUUAAGUGGAUUUAAAUAUAAAAUGGUUGUUUUAAUUUUAAGACAUUGUAUGUCAUAAUGGCAUUACUGUGUAUACGAGUGAUUAAACUUUGUAUUAUCAGUAGAAAAAUAAUUUAGUUGGAUGGAUGAGUUUUUAGGUAUGCCAUUUUCUGAAAACAGAGUUUUUGUGUACAUGUUUUAUGUAGCAAUUGCAAAAUUAAGACCUUGUUCUUGAUUUCAUUGAGGGUUCUAGGAUGGUUAUACCACAUACUUGACACCGUAGCAGAUAAAUAUAUAUACAUUCAUCAAACAAUAUAUGUUAUUACACAUAAAAGACACCAAUUCUACUUUCGUUUUGUUUGAGCAGCUGUUGGUAGCCUGUGUGCUACAAUGUAUAUGUGGGAACCUGCUGGCAGGUCAUGUGACUUGCAGUGUAAUGUAACUUACAGUUGUGUCAUGUGACCCUGUUACUUUGACCUGCCAUUGGUGUAGCUUUCUGCAUGGCCAUAGUAUUUCAAGAUAGUGUGCCGUAUACAGCCAUAUAAGAAAGAGAUCCUUUCCCUGGUAUUUAUAAUAUUAAGGAAUGUCUACACCUUUGAGAAUAUCAAACGUUUAACAAUGCUUUGACUGGUCAGAGUAACUCGUAUGAUUCAAUAAUUGUGAUAUUAUUUUAUAGUACAAUUUGUAUUUUAACAUUUGUUCAUGUUUUGACACAAACACAAUUCAUUAAAAGGUACACCAUGUGGACUACUGACAUUGCUAUGGUGCUGUUAGUUUUAAUCUUUAAGUGAACACAAAGUACAUGAAUUCUUAGUGUAUUGCUUUAUUGUUUACUUCCACAAUACCAAGUGGACAGUUGUAAAUAAUUUUAACAAACAGUUAUGUUUGUAAAUACAAUCUGUAUGUUAACUGGUACAAUGCUAAACAUGAUAGAAACUAGUUUUAAUGUUAAUAGCCCCUUUGUUUUUAAAGGCUGUAAUUUAGACAGAUGUAUCACACAUGCUGUUUGAUAGACAUGUACCUAAUCAAGAUUUUUUUAAUGUUUAAUUGUUAUUUUAUUGUGUGUUAAGUAUACAUAACAGACUUAGCAAAUGGUUUUAUCUCUUAAAGCAUUGAUCCCUGCUUUAAUAAUGUAUAUGUAUCUUUGUCAACAUUUUAUGAUUACUGUACCAGUCCAGGGCAUACCUUUCACAUUUUUAACCAUGAUUCUGCUGUACAUAGAGAAAUAAUCAAAGGAUCUUAUUUUCCCCGUUAAGCCCGUUUAGCUUCUACUAAAGGAAACAAAAUGGUUGAAUCACAGAAAUUAUUUAUCAAUAUUUUCAUUAAGUCACUCAUAACUGUGUGUUUUAUAUGUGCAAUAAAACUCUUUAUGAACUACUUUAUCGCAGAUAACAAACGACUUUCAUUUACAGAAAUAAUGCCAUAUUGCAUUUACUAAAAAAAUAAAUAAAAUAUAUUUAAAGUAAACCGGUAAUUUGAUUAUAAGACAUGCAAUUAUCUUCUGUACAAAGUAACUUUUUAGUGAGGGUUUAGCAAUGUUUGAAAUUUUUAUAAUGAUACCAGAUUGUUAUUUGUAGAUUAUUAUUAGAUCAAAGGAGAGUAUUUACGUUGAUUUUUAUGUUUAUAUCGAAUUGUUACAUUGGAUGUUAUGAACAAAUAUGCAAUAAAAUAUAUAAAACUGUUGAA